CAACUAUGAUGAGAUGGUGUGAGGCCAAACACGUCAAUGCACAAGCCUCAUCCUCCCGCCUUCAAUGCACCCUAAACACACACAACACCUCGUCUUCCUCCAUUCUCCGGUGUCAGUGCCACCACCACCCGGCAAUGGCCACCAUCUCCACCUGCUUCACCGCCACAAUCACCACACCCACACCGCGCUUCCACUCUCGCACACGACUUCUUUCCCUUCCCUUAUCACAACACCACACUGCUAAACCAUCAUCGAAGAGCAAUUUCCAAUUUCUGCAAAAUCAGGGUUUGUGGGGAACCCCAAGGAGGAGGGUUUGGAGUUUGGUACCCAGGGCUACUGUCGAUGGCGACCGAUGGAUCAAGCCUGGAGGGGUUGUGGAAACUGAUAAGUUGCCCACGGAGGUGAGGAAGCGAACGAUGGAGGCUGUGGAUGCUUCUGGAGGAAGGGUCACCAUUGGGGAUGUGGCUAGUAGAGCUGGGCUCAAGUUGGUUGAAGCUCAGAAAGCUUUGCAAGCUCUUGCUGCUGAUACAGAUGGGUUCUUAGAGGUUUCAGAUGAAGGGGAUGUUUUAUAUGUUUUUCGCAAAGAUUAUCGGUCUAAACUUGCCGCCAAGUCGUUUAGGAUUAAGGCUGAACCUUUGAUCGAAAAGGCUAAGGCUGCAGGAGAAUACUUGAUACGAGUAUCUUUUGGGACAACACUUAUUGCAUCGAUUGUUAUUGUUUAUACCGCCAUAAUUGCUCUUUUAACUAGCAGUAGAAGUGAAGAUGACAAUCGUGGAAGGCGAGGCAGAUCAUAUGAUUCAGGAUUCACCUUCUUCUUUAAUCCAGUAGAUAUAUUUUGGUACUGGGAUCCAUACUACUACAGGAGGCGAAGGAAUCAAAGGAUGCAAACUGAUGAUGACAAAAUGAACUUCAUUGAAUCGGUCUUCUCCUUUGUAUUUGGAGACGGUGAUCCCAAUCAAGGAAUUGAAGAAGAGAGAUGGAAGUUGAUUGGGCAAUACAUAUCAUCUAAUGGUGGUGUCGUUGCAGCUGAAGAACUUGCUCCAUAUCUUGACAUAGAUUCUACAGAGAGGAUUAAGGAUGAUGAAUCCUAUAUCUUGCCUGUGCUCUUACGAUUUGAUGGUCAGCCUGAUGUUGAUGAGAAGGGAAACAUUCUAUAUAGGUUUCCAUCUCUGCAGAGGACGGCAUCCGGAAAAAGUAGAAGGAAAGAAUAUGUUGGAAGAAGAUGGGCAGACAUGAUUGGAGGAGUUGAGAAGUUUUUCAAGGAGAAAGAAUGGCCAUUCAGUAAAACUACCUCAUCAGAGCGAGCAAUGGUCGUUGGCCUCGGUGGCCUUAAUCUGUUUGGAGUAAUUAUUCUUGGAACCAUGUUGAAAGAUAUGUCAGUUGCGCCUGGUAGCUUCAUCAAAUUUGUUACAGACAUAUUUCCUCUUCUUCAGAUUUAUGCUGGUUCAUUCUUUGCGAUUCCUCUUGUCCGAUGGUUUUUUAUUCGGAGGAGGAAUGCUGACAUUGGAAAGAGGAACAAAGCAAGGCUGCAGUGUGCACGAGUACUUGAAUUGCCUGACACUUCUCUGAGUCAGAAGCUUAUCAGUGCUCGUGACAUGGCCCAAAAGACUGUCAUAGGGAAGGAUCAAAUUGUGUAUAGUACUGACAAGGACUUACUUGAGCAAGAUUAUGACGCUCGCGAAUGGGAUAAAAAAUUUCGGGAGCUAGAAAGAUCUGAUUGAGAAGGGUCAACUGUUAUACAGGUGAAGAACAGUUUAACCACUAUAUGAAUGUAUCUCAAUGUUGCUUUGAUGGCAAGUGCAUCAUAGAUGAAUUUUGUUUCUUCAUUGAUUGGUUCAUAGUUGCAUUAAAAUUUUGCCAUCCUUGUAUUUACAAUGUUGCAGUUUCUAGGCUGCCUUCUGUAAAAGUAUUAGUUGUGGCCCUAGUCAAAUUGCUGCAUUUGCUUAUUUAUGUAUCAUAGCACUAGUUCAUUUCUUUUAGAUUGUAACCUAUACAAGACGAAUAAUGAUGGUUUCAGUGGGGCAAACAAGAUUAUAAUAAAUAGUUAAAUACUUCGUACGAUGGGUUUAUAGUUUCA